AUGUCGUUCCCACUCGCCAUAAUUUGCCUUGCGGUGCUAUUGUGCCUGCUUCCUGGGCAAGUCGCCGCUUUCGGUGCCGGAAACAUCCCCUCCAUUUCUGCCGUUGAGGGCACUGCCUACCGUCACGGGGAUAUCGAAGAUGUCAUUGCGACCUUGACCCUCGGGGGCACCACGGCCCUUUCCUUCCUUGGCAUAAAGAAGAAGUUCGGCAAGAUGGAUAUUAAACGCAUCUAUUUUGGCAACUGGCUUCGCGAUUAUAGUCAAGCCAUUGAUGUUGGAACGCUCUCCAAAGGGCUGAACAAAGCCACUCUCAUCACCUUGAUUGCGGUUCUGGGGUUCAAUGAGUUCGGAUACGCCACUGCCGAGUUCGAAGUGACCGAAGAACGUUUGGGAUGCUACCGCGCAGAAGAGCACAUUGACAACCCAAAGGGCUAUGCCGACAACCAAGAUGCUCGGAAAUACGACCCGAAUCUCAGAGGGCCUGUCGACCCCCGUGAGCUGGAGAUAGAUCCCCGCACCGGGAUGAAGAACUACAUCGGCAAUGAGACCGGAGGUUGGGCCACUUCGACUGUCUUUGUUCGAAACAGCAUCGAGCGCUCCGUUCAGGCGUACCAGAGCGGCAACAAGGACGAAGCCUUUCGCUUGCUGGGUCAAGCUCUUCACACCCUUGAAGAUUUCUCGGCUCACAGCAACUUUGUGGAGCUUACGCUAAUCGAGCUUGGUCAUCGAAACGUGUACCCAUUUGUGGGUGAGAACACAGCUAUCCGUCAAGCGAGGGACGGCCGUCCGAUCUACCCUCUUGUAACGGGAACCUUCGGUGGCGCCGAUUUCGCGCAUUCCCUCCUCGGUGAGGCGACCGACCAUAUCUCCGCCACCUCCGUCUCCAGCUUGAGCGUCAGCAUGAACCAGGCGAAGAGCCGAAGCCCGGAUGACAACCAAUUGCCAAAGCUUCUCGGACAGGUUCCAGGCAUGGAAGGGGCGGCUCGCGAAGCGGAGGAGUUUCAGCGAGCUCCUAUCUCAACGGACCCUGUCGUCAUCAAAAGCCAAGUCUGGGGGAUCUUGGAGUGGAGGGACAGAAUCAUGAAGACAGUCGAUAACACUAUUGAGAAGAUUCCCGGCUUGAGCUGGCUGGCCGAGAAGAUCUCCGAGUCUUUGCAGCUGUUUGUCUUGCAGCAGCUCGAGCCAUACAUCAAACCCAUCAUCGGCCAAGUCGUUGGAAAGCUUCAGAUGGGUUCUGCUGAGAUUACAGAAUUGGAGGCACAGAAGGAGAUUUUCAAGAAUCCUAACUCUUCGGACCCCACUCAUUCAAUGCUUUCGAAGGACCAUUUCGAUCUUCAUCUGAACGAGCCUGCCGGAAAGGUUGCCCGUCUCGUCGUCGAGAACAUUGUUCCCGCCGUCGUGAAGGCCUGGAACGAUGGUGGUCAGUCCACUCAAGAAGCCUUGCAUCUUGCCAUGCAGGUGUUCUUCCACCCCGCGGAUCUUGGCUUCCAAAAGACCCCCUUCCAGCAGCAAAUGAUGGAUGUGGUGCGCCGUUGGGCUGACGAGAACCGGCCGAGCGUUAACAGUCUGGAUAAGCAGAGCGUCAUGGCGGGCAGAAACCGCAAGCACCCGGAGCAACAGCAGCAGACGAACGACCCUGGCCGCGCGAACUCAGGUCUGGGGCUUGCCAGCUUUUUCGAGAGCUCCAAUCAGUCUCAGCCGCAGCAAAGCUACCAGCAGCCCCAGUCGCAACACUAUCAGCAACCCCAGCAAAACUACCAAGCCCACUCGCAGCAUGGACAAAGCAACGCGAACCCAUACAUUUCUGACGGCACGCACGGAUACGGGUCCCCCAGUGACGUUCCCACCCCGAAACAGCACGGUCGGGAACAGCAGCAGCAGCAAGGCUACUUCCCAUCUCAGGCCGCUCCCAAUCAGGCACCGAGUCAAGGUUAUGACAACUACCAACCUCCGCAAGGUCCGCCCCCGGGCCAGUAUCAAGGUUCGGGCGGGUCGUACGACGGGAACUAUCAGCCGCCAUACGGCACACCCGGAGGUUCGCCGUACGGUGCUCAAGCCGGUGCUCAAUAUGGUGCUCCUGGUGGACCUCCAUACGGCGCUCAACCUCUGUACGGACCUCCUGGUGCACAAUACGGUGCUCCCGCCCAAUACGGCGCUCCUGCUCAAUAUGGUGCGCCUGGCGGUCAGCCAUACGCCGCCCUUGGAGGACCCCCGCCAGGACAGGGUCACUCGGGACAACAUGGUCACCACCAUGGUGGAGGGAAUGGGUACCCUGGCAACUAUUAG